AUGAAUAGAAACUUGAAAUUAGGUAACAAUAAUAAAUUUAGUGUAGGUGAAAAUGAGAAUCUAUCAAAAAUUAAAUUAGCUCGUUUUUCAGACACUGCCACAAGAUUCUUUACAUAUGUUGAUGACAUGAAUUAGAUUUAUAUAAAUAAGAUAGAAAAUUCAAAAAAUUUUUUAGAUGUUAAAUUAUUCAACCCAUUUUAACAGUACUUUGUUUAAAGUUAGAAUGAAAUUUCAAGCAUCAUAUUUAGCAGUUCUGAAAAUGAAAUCAUUAAUGGAUCAAGUAAAGGAAUUAUUACAUUUUUGGAUAUCUCAACUUAAAAGAGUAUGAUUGAUUCCUAUAAAUUUAGUUUAAUCUAAUAUAAAAGGUCAUUUAUCUUCAAUAACAGCCUUAGCUAUAUUUCCAAAUCAAGAAAAUAUUAUUUUAAGUGGUGCAAUGGAUAGUUAAGUAAAACUAUGGGAUUCAAGGUCUAAAAUAGCUGGAUUUACAUUAAGAGCACAUACUUUAUCAAUUAGUGCAUUGGUUGUGUCUCCAGAUGGUAAAUUAUUAGCAUCUGGUUCAAAUGACGGAAGUGUGAAAAUUUGGGAUAUUCAUUAAUAAAAAUUGAUGGCUACUUUUAACGAAUCUGAUUCUUCCAUAACAUGUUUGUAGUUUAAUCCUUUUGAUAAAGCAAUAGCCACUGCCUCAGAUGAUGGAUGCGUAAGAUAUUGGGAUUUAGAUAAAUAUAAUUAAGUAAUAAUAUUAAUCUUAUUUAAUCAGAUAUCUUCAACAAAACCAGAUAAAUAGACAGUUUAUUCAAUCAGAUUUUGUAAUGAAGGCAAAUCCUUAUUAUCAGCAUAAAAUUUUUCAUUUAAAUGUUGGGAUUUAGAAAGGGAUGCUUUAUUAUUAGAUAACAUCGAAAGUUAAUGUAAAAGCAUAUUAGAUACAUAUGUUUUUGAAGACAGAGAAUUAUUUAGUCUGUCAACUCAGAAUUAAACAGGUUUAAGUGUAUUUGGAUCAAAAUUAUCAAAUAUAAAUUUUGAUAGUAGAUUCUGUAUCGAUAGACACAAGUAGAGAAUAAAUAGUGAAAGAAUAUAAAGCUGUGAGAUAAAUGAUCAAUUUCAAUAGAGAAAUAGUGUAAAUAUAUUGAAGCCUAAGAAUUCUUAAAAAAUAUUUUAAAAUAAUCAAAAACAAUGUAAUUAGAAUUUAAUUGAAGAGUAAGGAUUUUAAUAAUGUAAUAAUAAUGGAAAUAAGUUUGUACCUACCACAUAAAUUCCUUAAAUGAUUGUUAAUGAAAGUGUGAUGUAGGAGGAAGAUAUUAAAGAAAACUAAUUCAUCAAUUAAGAAGUUUAAAGUGUAUUAGAUUUAGUUACAAGUUAAGAUGAAGUAAAUUUAUCAAGCUUUGUAAUUGAUGAUGAGAACAAAAUGAAAUUUAUUUAAAUUGACUUGAUUAAUGAAAUAUAGAAGGAUCAUAACAGAGUUAAUUAAAUUCUAAAAUAAAGGAUUAAUUAUAUGAAACCUAUAAUUUAUUGGUGGAGUAAUAAUAAUAUAAAAUCUGCAAUUAAUGCAAUUAAUUAAUUGACUGAACCAUCUAUAUUAUUUGAUGCUUUGACAAUGUGUUCACAUAGUUAAAAGUUUAAAUCUAUACCAAUAGAGUAAAUACCUUAAUUGUUAGAGAAGUGUAAAGUUCUAAUAGAUUCAAAAUACCUAUCUCAUAUAAAGGGAGGAAUUGUGUUUUCUUAUAAAACAUUCACAAUUUAUAGAGAUGUAUAGAAUUGAUAUUUAGUAAAUAGGAUAUUUUAACAAUAAAAUGUUUCAAUUAGAUGUCUAAAGUUGAUUUAAGUAGAGAGGAAAGAGUGGCUAAAUAUGAUAAAAUAGUAGAAUAAUUAAAGUAAAUAAUUUAAAUGUCAAAAUUAACAAAAUUAAUAGAAAGAAAUAAAGAAGAAAUAAGUGAUUUAGCUAAAAAAUUUUAAAUAGAAAUGUUAGGCUUGUUAAAAAGAAUUAAUUAAUAAUAAUGA